UCGCUGCGCGCGGCCCGGACGGGGCGCACCGACCCCACGUGCGGCUGCAGCCAGACUCCGGGAGUGGAGUGGCACCUGCGCUUCUGCAGCCGCUGCUUUUCUGCGGCAGUUUCCGACGUGUCUUCGGAGAGACCUGAGAACUUUCACAGUGAGCCUGCGGGGGUGAUGGGCCACUCCCGGGGCGCCCGCGGGGAGGUGGCCCGGUGAGCCUCCGGCUCCUGUGCAGAGAUCCGAGCCUCGUCCUGGACGCGCCAGCCCGACUUGGCCGCGGCUCUAGUCAGGUCUUUCCAAGCUAAGAUAAUUUUUUGGAACUGCAGAAAUUGUUGGCCCUCGCUACAAAUGGGAGUUUGGAGUUGCUCUGAAAUCCAUCUUGAAAUAAUUGUGCUUGACUGGAACCAAAUCUUAUGAAGUCACCAAGGAUGAGAGUCUGUGCUAAGUCAGUGUUGCUGUCACACUGGCUCUUUCUGGCCUAUGUGUUAAUGGUGUGCUGCAAGCUGAUGUCCGCCUCGAGCCAGCACCUCCGGGGACACACAGGUCACCACCAGAUCAAGCAAGGGACCUGUGAGGUGGUCGCUGUCCACAGGUGCUGUAACAAGAACCGCAUAGAAGAGCGAUCACAAACAGUCAAGUGCUCCUGCUUCCCAGGGCAGGUUGCAGGUACAACUCGGGCUCAGCCUUCUUGCGUUGAAGCUUCCAUCGUGAUUCAGAAAUGGUGGUGUCACAUGAAUCCUUGCUUGGAAGGAGAGGACUGUAAAGUGCUUCCAGAUUACUCAGGCUGGUCCUGUAGCAGUGGCAAUAAAGUCAAAACGACAAAGGUAACACGGUAGCGAAGAGAGGUGUGCUUACUCCUGGAGGAGUGACAGACAGGAUGCAGAGGUCUCUUACUUGGAUGACUGUCCUGGCGGGUUUGGGGGAAAUCGUCUCGGAUUUCUGCAAUAUCACAUUCGCAUAUGUGUGCUAUAAGGAGUAUCAUUUCCCUGACUGUCCCAGCCCUCUCCGCUUCAUGAAUUUAUCGCAUUGAAUUAUGGCCAUGGGCUGCCAUGCUAUUCACACCCUGUCUGGAUCCCAGGGAACAUACCUCUGACAGACCCUGGAGGAACACAGCAGAGACUUCACAAUGGAUCUCCACUUGGCCUUCCACGUCUUUCAGCCUUCACAAAGGAACGUGGACAGGUUCACAGGGUCCUUAUUCUGUUCCUCUUUUGAACUUUUCCUUUAGCCCUUGCAUUAAAGUGGUUUGAAAGGCAUCUCAGUACCAAAACAUUUUGGCAGAACAUAUUUACAGAUGUAGAUUAAUGAACUCUGAUUAACUGCUGAAGAAAAUUCCUUUUAUAAAUCUUGACGAAUAGACUUAUUGGGGUUAUUGUGUGUGUAUUUGUAUUUUUUGCUUUAGAGGAUUUAAAUUUUUGCAUUUUAGGUUCUGUUGUCAGGUUAGCAGAAAUAAAAUAACACUUUAACUUCUGGGCACCAUUUUCCUGAGUGCUAAGGAGGUAUAUCUCAACUCCCAUAUUUUAUAACCAAAGCUUGAUCAUGACAUAGUCACAAAAGAAAUUAAACCUGUUGGGAUUUUUAUAGCUUAGGUGUAGUCAUAAAGGUAAAUCAUUUUAAUUAUUAAACAGUCUCUGUUUAGAUCAAGGGUGAUUUCUGAGAUCCAAUUUGUGUCAACUGUAUUAAACUAUUUUGUUAGAAGUCUUGAAAUGUUGAAUUUUUAGGCUGUAAAUGAUUUAUUCUUGGCUCUUCUCUCAUUUGUUAGUCAUUUUAUUUCUUUAAAUGUAAGUAAAAUCUGAGUCAUUUUUUUCUGGGUUUAAUGAUUUUUACAGAAGACAUGUGUACACAUAUUCUCAGAUGCUGUCAUGCAGAAAUACAUCACAGAUGAAAAGUGACUGACCCAGAUUUUAAAUGCAUAAUGUCAUUAAAACACACACUACUGUAAUAUGGGAUUUUAUACAUUAAGAAAUGCCAAAAACAUUCUUUCUGCACUGUUAAUUAUCCCUGUCCUUUCACAAUUGUGGGGGGUAGAAAUAUUACUAUAACAUUUAUAGCAGUAACAAUUACAUCUACUUGAUUUUAUUGUUGCAAAAAGAAUGGAAAUGGGGGACAUCCAUUUGUGGGCUAACUUUGUUUGAAUUUGACGGGUUGCUUACCAGGAUUAUUAUUGUCCUACUAAUAAGUAAAAACAUUCAUUCUGCUGAUGGCACCUAAGUUUUUGUGAUGAUUUUAUUGCCUUAAGACUUCAUGUUA